AUGUUCGGCUGCUGCGUCGCCGGCCGACUGGUGCAAACCGACCUUGUACAGAUGGACAGUACCCACAGUGUAUUCAAUAUCCCCUCCGCGUCGACCGUCAACCACGUCUGCGUCUUCCUAACGGGCCAGACGCCUUUUCCGGAUGGGUGGGGCGCGACUGUACAUUGGAAUUGGCCAGGGAGAGGAUUCCAGCUGCUGGGGAUGCUAUCAAACCAGAAGCCCUCCGCUAUAUUCCGCUUGAGAGGGAUCCUCCCUGGACAGUCGAGUGCGACGGAUACCGACAUGGGUAUGGACGACGAGACCGGCGUGUCUGCGACGAGCAACUCGUCUGCUGGUGACAUGGCUCAAAUAGGCCUGUCUAUCGAGCCUCUCGACCAGGUCCAGCAGCAGGUCGCAUCUCUCUCCAAUGUGUCCACUUCAAAGUCUCUCGUCCCUGUACGACCACAGAUGCCCCCUCAAGCGCAGACAGCGUCCGACCCUGUCUAUCUUACCGAACUCAUCUUGAAGAACCUGUCCAAUUACCUCACAUCUUUCACUCACGACAACACCCUCAACCCCACCAACACCGUUCAGAUUGGCAUAAUCCAGAAGUGGUACGAGAACUUGAUGAACAAGCUGCGACUCCGAGGGACAGCUUUCUUGGAGCGGCAGGAUUGA